AAAGAUAAAGAUUUCUAUAAUCAAUGUAGUCUGGUGAGAGUUGAGUGUCGUCCACCAUGAGGGAAGUUUGCUGUAUAAUUUUGGCAAUCUAUGUUGUCAACGUCACAUGUUACCAAUUCAGUAACACAGAUGUUUCGAUUGUAAAAGAAUCUCAACUUAAGAUCAGAUUUACAGGUCACGAGGACGUUUCCUUUGUCAGCGUUUACAUAAAACAGGCGGGAAAGAAAGACAGGCUAUACAAUUUGGAUACCAAAAAAGAUGAUGACACCUGGGAGUUUGUGGACACUGACGCAAACGUCAAAGUUGGAGACGUCAUUUCUUACAAAACCAUCAUCGGGAGAAAGAAUACUGUCAAAAAACUGAACUGGAAACCAGUGACCCUGCUCCCUGAGAACACCGUCGCCCCGUUAAGAAGUAUACGGAAGGUCACUGUAUUUCGUGACGACUUCAAUACUUUUGAUAGGAGUCACUACAAGAUAGAAGUCGAUGCAACUGGUGGCGGGAAUGGUGAAUUCCAAGCAUAUACACCAGAAGCAGCGAAUAUCUAUGUUAAAAAUGGCCACCUGUAUAUAAAACCGACAUUCACGGUAGAUCACGCUUCCUUUACUGCGUCUGAUUUGUACAACGGUCAAAUGGAUGUCAAGGCAUUGUGGGGUGUUUGUACUCGAUCGAUACAUCAUGGAUGUCUCAAAUCAGCUUACGGAGACGGACAAGAAAUUCUGCCUCCCAUCAUGUCAGGCAAAAUCUACACCAACGCUGCCAUUAAGUAUGGCCGUGUCAAUGUUCGAGCAAGAAUACCCAGGGGAGACUGGCUGUGGCCGGCUAUUUGGCUCAUGCCUUCUAAGAGUGUGUAUGGAAACUGGCCUCGUUCUGGAGAAAUUGACGUCAUGGAGGCAAGAGGUAAUGUUAAAAUGGUGUCGCCAAACGGAGUUAAUCAUGGAAUUACGCAAAUUGCUUCUACAUUGAACUGGGGGCCUGACCCUCGUCAUAGUGCAGGAAGACUUACUCAUAAAACCUUACAGUCCACCCAUGGUGAUUGGCAUAGAUGGCAUACGUACUCUCUGGAGUGGACGGAGCAGCAUCUGAUUUGCUUGGUUGAUGACCAAGUGAUACUCCAAGUUAACACGCCUUCCGAAGGUUUCUGGAAGUUUGGACAUUUCAACGGCACCAACAUCUGGGGGGAUUCUCUGAAUGCGCCAUUUGACCAACCGUUCCAACUUCUGUUGAACGUGGCUGUUGGAGGAAAUAAGUAUUUUUCCGACAACUUACAAUAUGAUACACCAAAACCAUGGAGGAACAAUUCUCCACAUCCGAUGAGGGACUUCUGGGAGAAGAAGAGUGUAUGGCUGCCGACAUGGCACGGCGACAACAUAGCCCUUCUGGUUGAUUAUGUCGAAAUGAUACAGUAUUAAAUAUAGCAUGCACUGAAGUAUCGGAAUAUCAUCAACUGGUGGAUAUUUCUAUUUCAGUCAUGUUAAAGAUAGAACAAAA